AUGGCUUCCAUCGUCGUCUCCUCCCGCCAUGCCUUCUCCCGACACACCCUGCUCGCCAACUCCCUCUCCAAUCCCCGUCCGCACCUCCUCGCCCGAUCGAUAGCGACGACCAAGUCGCGCAAGGAUGGCGAACAUGUCCUCUCCCCACCGCUCAUCCCCAUGACGCCCGCACAGACAGCUCCCCCACAACGCCGACCACUGGCCAGCAUGCCGACCAAGACGUUACUACGCGGAUACCUCCUCGGACAGAUCUUCGCGCGACCCGCCCUGAUGAAUCUGGGCAUCAUGGUGAUGCAGAAAAUCUCCAGCUCGAAAAGCCUCCUCCUGGAUCCCGACCGCAACUGGCUGCUGGAGCGCGCGAUCCGGUAUUCCGUCUUCAACCAGUUCUGCGCGGGCUCCAAUAAGCGGGAAGUAAAGGGUACUGUUACUGGUUUGAAGCAGCAGGGCUUCAGCGGCGUCAUCUUGUGCUAUGCCAAGGAGCUGGCGCCCGAAGAGCUCGCCGAGAGCAGGCCCGAUGCUGCGCUGGUGGAGAAGCACGUCUCGCAGUGGCUGGAUGGCAAUAACAAGACGCUGCAGAUGCUGGGGUCGGGAGACUAUAUGGCCAUCAAGUAAGGAGUCCCCUCGAUGAUGUGGAGAACGCUUCUCGAUAUCACUUCUUCACAGGGAGACCGCUUUUCGAGAUGAUGGGAGAAUCCACUAACUCUCUCCAGGUACACCGGCGCCGGUAAUGCCGUCUGCAACGCCCUGGCUUCCAACAUCGCACCACCCGACAGCUUCCGCACGGCCGUCUUCUCCCUCUGCCAGCGAGCACAAGCGCAGGGGGCGCGAAUCAUGGUCGACGCCGAGAACCAAGCCUAUCAAUCCACCGUCGACCGAUGGACCGUCGAGCUGAUGCGCCGCUUCAACCGCGACGGCAAGGUCGUCGUCCUCAACACAUACCAAUCCUACCUCAAGAGCUGCCGAGACACCCUCCGGCAGCAUCUCGCACUGGCGCAGAAGGAAGACUGGACCCUCGGCGUCAAACUCGUCCGGGGCGCCUACAUCCAAUCCGACCCGAGGCACCUCAUCCACGACACCAAAGUCGAUACCGACCGCUGCUUCGACUCCAUUGUCGAGGAUUUGAUCUCGAAAUCAUACCCCGGACUCCCAUCGGACGCCCCCUUUCCCGACGCGCAACUCUUCCUCGCCAGCCACAACGCCGAGUCCACCCGCCACGCACUCCGUCUGCAUCGUCAACUGGUCCACGCCGGUCGGAAUCCGCGACCUUUUGAGUCUGGACAAUUACAAGGCAUGGCCGACGACGUGAGCUGCGAGAUGCUCGACGAGGGCAGACCCGCCCGCAACAACGGCUCCGCGGAGCAACGGCUCGCUGCGCCUCUGGUCUACAAGUACCUCAGCUGGGGUAGUGUGAAGGAAUGCCUGCAUUACUUGAUGCGACGCGCGACGGAGAAUCAGGGCGCGACGGAGCGAUUGAAGGAGACGGUGGUGGAGAUGCGGAAUGAACUGAAAGCGCGGGUCCGGGGGGGCAGGGCGUGA